AUGACUAGAGUAAUCCAGAAAACGUUAACCAACAAAGCAAAAGGAACUCGGGUUCAUACCCCUGCCGAGAUCUUUUCGACCAUUGCCUAUAAGGAGGAAGUAAAAGAGCGGGUUCAAGACGCCAUUAAGUCCGGCGAGCUCGUUACUAAACAGGAAAAAUUGACAGCUAUUCGAAAACUUACACGCGAAGCAUAUGAAGCCGCACCACCAGAAGUCCAAGCUUUGUGUGAGGAGAAGGUCCGAGAAGAGCACGAAGCGAAAGUCACACUUAUUGAAAAAUCCGCACCUACCAAUAAACAGUAUGCAACCGCUCUCCAGGAGUGUACUGCUCCCAUUGCGCAGUUCUUGCAAGUCAUCAAGGACAUGACAGGGUGGGAAUGGACUGUUAUUGGUGCUGGGCCUGACCCUCAUCUUGGUGGCAAACUAAAUGCGAUGAGUUACCAUACAGGAGUGAAUGGAGAUGGACACAAUUGGAGGCAAGCCACCCCAAAAUUCAUUGAGAAGCAUCUCAAUCCAUACUUGGAAUUUGUUGGAACACUGUUUCCCGAGCAUGUCAGAAAGUCUCGUGCCAUGGACGUCGUCGCCCCACUCACAAACAGUCUAUCACCCACAACUUCACUUGCAAACGGUCUACCACCCGCGAUUUCAUCUCCCUCAGGUGAAGGAUCUGGGUCACUGGAGGGUGCGUCAUCGACCGUGACUCCAGCAUCACAUGGAACUGCCCUGCAUGCCCCCCUCACACUCUCGGACACCCUGCGAGGUGUCGACUCGUCUCAGAUGCAGACACUCUCGGACACCCUGCGAGGUGUCAAUUCGUCUCAGAUGCAGACACUCUCGGACACCCUGCGAGGUGUCGACUCGUCUCAGAUGCAGGGACCUCUGCCUUUCAGCAACCCCCUUGGCCUUACCUUUGAUAACGAAAUGUCCACCAACUUUGGCACUGACACCUCCAUGUCCCUCAAUCCAUAUGACGCCAGCUUCGCCAGCACAUCAUCAUCUAACUACGAUUUCGCUUUACCUGCCUGCUCCUUGUCAUCCAGCGAAAAUACACCGGCAUCCACUAUGGGAGACACAAGCGCCGGCCUUACCUUUGACAAUCAAAUACCCGCUGGCUUUACCACCGACGCCAUGUCUUUUGAUCCCUAUGGCACCAGUGUACCCAGCACCCCGGCAUCCAACUUCGAUUUCAUUUUACCUGCCCACUCCUUAUCAUCCGGUGCAACCACCCCAGCGUCCACUAUGGGAGACUCAUUGCCAGAUCUUACCUUAUCAUCCAGUCCAAUGCCAUCAUCUAGUCCAAUGCCGGAAACUCCCAUUACCUCAUGGAGGAAACAGAUGUACAGUACAUCCACGUCUGCCCUCAUGACACCCCCUCGCCUUCGCUUCCGCAGUACAUCCGCUAUUGCCACCCCAUUACCGUCUUUUGCCCCCUUCCCGGUAUCAACGGAAAAGUAUAACUUCAGUUCCUCUACACACCCGCCUGAUCCUCCAGUGGUUACAGCUGCUGGAACAGCUCAGGUUUUGGCGCCACCGGUAGUAUCCUCUGCUAGUGGUUCCAGCUGUGCCAGGGACUUGGAUUCUGCUCUUACACACCCUCCACUGUUGAGUGCAUCGGGCUCCGCUGUGCAAGCCGAUGACGUAGUUGUUCCUGCUGUUAGGAAGACAAAGCGCGUGCGCCAGCAGACGACACGUUUGGCACAGGCUGAUAGCAUAGGUGGCCAUUCUCAAAAGAGGAGGAGAAAGGCUAUGUGA